UUCUCUCAACCGCAAUUUAAGUAUCUGUUGCAUUUUUGGAAGGGUCUUGCAUUUUUCAGAGAGAAGACUCUUGCAUUUUUGGAAGCCUCUCGAAAGCAAAAACAAAACCAAAAUAUGCACCAAACCAGAACCACCCAAUUUCUGUUCCACUCUAUUCUUUCACACCCUUAAUCUGUUUUUGAGGUUUCCCAUUAUUUGUUAUCCAAUCCCACCCACCUCUUCUUCUUCUCUUUUUCUGUUAGACCCUCUUCUCCUUCAGCUCUGUUUCUUUCUCUUUGAAAGUGUCAAACUACUGGUUCCCUCUCCAUUUUCAUCACACUUAUUCUCUCUGGGUUUUCUUUGUUGUUUUUGAGGUUUUAAUUAGAGCUAGUUCUUUCGAGCUUCAUUUAGAGCUUCAAGAGUAGUUGAAGAUAAAGAUGGAGCGUGGAGGUAAUAGGCUACCUUGGUGUGAUGUGAAGGAGAAGUUGCUUUUUCUCUAAUCAAUCUUCAUAUUUCGUACCAUCCUAAAUCAUCCUCUUAUUAAGGCAAGAGGUGCAUCAUCAACAUCACAUCUCCCCAAUCUUUAUUUCUGGUGCCUGCUUCCUUCAUCCUUCAAGGAGCUGUUGCAUUUGGGGCAAUUUCGGCUUCUAGAUUCGACAAUGGCCAAGAUUUUCAGAUACAUCUCUCAGAUAUUUGUUGUGAAGGAGCGUGAAAUGGAAAUUGGGUUCCCAACAGAUGUGAAACAUGUAGCUCACAUUGGGUGGGAUGGUCCGUCUGAUAGUGCACCGAGCUGGAUGAAUGAAUUCAAAAAUCCACCUGAUUUCUCAACACUGGGUCGCAAUAACACCGAUGAUCGAAGGGACUCCUCCAGCAGCAUGGCUGCCUCCCCUUGGGCCUGUCAAGAUUUUGAGCAUUCCAUGCGCCAGCCAUCAACCAACUUGAUAGAUCUUCCUCCUAAUGAUCUUGCAAAUGCUCCCAAGAAAUCAAAGCGGAAAAAGGUCAAGUCUUCGUCUUCGUCUUCCUCAUCUUCAAGAUCGUCGCGACCGACGAAGGCGCCGAAGGCUACAUAUACACAAAUGGAACCUACACCAAACCUGCUAAUAUAGAGAGAGACACUUCCAGGAUUGUCUGAGUUGAUCAAAGUUAAGAAUGUUCAUAGUAACAGUACUUCUGGAUGACAUAUUCCCUUACUCUGCGGUGUCCUCAAGGGCAAAGAGAAUGAAGAUCCAAAAAUUGGGACAUAGCUUAGGAAAGCAAUUAGUGUUUUUUGUGUGUGAUAAAUUCAGAAUGAAAGGGUGACACCAGUCUAGAAGACACCAACUGUUUUGCUUUCUCGUUAAUGUAAUAAGCAUGCAGAGAUCGAGUUGAAGGAUUUCGUUGUGGUGGUAUGGCUUUGCUAAUUCAAAUUGUCAAACGAGAAAAA